UCUCGUUUAUCACAGACAUACACUUCUCACUUCUCAGUGGGACUGAGAAACAGGACUCUAAAAUAUGGAAAUUAUAAAACACAGUAAGAUACCGGUCAACGGAAUAAAUAUGCACGUAGCAGAGAUUCCCGGCGAUGGUCCACCGGUUCUUUUCCUCCACGGUUUUCCCGAACUCUGGUACUCCUGGCGCCACCAGAUGCUCUAUCUCUCUGCCCUUGGUUACCGAACAAUCGCCCCUGAUCUCCGCGGCUUCGGAGACACCGAUGCCCCUCCUUCCGCCGCCGAAUACACUGCCUUCCACGUUGUCGGCGACUUGGUGGGUUUACUCGACGCCCUAGGUCUGAAACAGGUAUUUCUUGUGGGUCAUGAUUGGGGGGCCAACGUGGCGUGGAACUUGUGUUUGUUAAGGCCCGAUCGGAUUAAGGCGUUGGUGAAUACGAGUGUUGUAUUUAGUCCUAGAAAUCCGGUCAGAAAGCCAAUUGAAUCGAUGCGCGCCAUGUUUGGAAACGACUAUUACAUAUGUCGAUUUCAGCAACCUGGAGAAGCCGAAGAAGAGCUUGCUCGUGUAGAUACAGCACAAGUUAUAAAAAAGUUUCUGACUUCUCGUAAUCCAGGCCUGCUUUGUGUGCCUAAAGAAGUUGGAUUCGGGGGUAAACCCAAUUCUAAGAUCACUCUUCCCUCCUGGUUGUCAGAAGACGACGUCAAUUAUUAUGCAACCAAGUUUAAUCGCACAGGCUUUACUGGUGGAUUGAACUACUAUCGAGCUAUAGACCUAAACUGGGAAUUAAUGGCGCCAUGGACGGGUGUGCAGAUUAAGGUGCCAGUUAAGUUUAUUGUGGGAGACCUGGACCUGACUUAUAAUACCCCUGGUGUGAAGGACUUUAUACACAAAGGGGGAUUCAAUAAACAUGUUCCUUUCUUGCAAGAAGUUGUGAUAAUGGAGGGAGUUGCUCAUUUUAUUAAUCAAGAAAAACCCCAAGAAGUUAGUGAACAUAUCUAUGACUUCAUCAAGAAGUUUUGAGUUACUCUUUUAAUGUAAUCCUGUGCCUGUAGCUGUCAUGCUAAGGAUUUUCAUGCAAAAUAAGCAUAGAAACGACUUGAUCCUUCCAAUAUGUGUCAGAUGAGAUCCAAUUUUAUAAAUUCACAUAUUUUUAUAA